AUGGACAAACCGUCGCGUCCGGUGCGAAAUCGUAAGCGCAGUAGAAGAGCAUGGCCUCCGGGAGAUAGCCACCGACCGGUGAAACGAUUAUUUACACCGGAAAUUAAGCGUAUGCUCAAGGAUUGGCUAGUACGGCGCCGGGAGAACCCAUACCCGAACCGGGAGGAAAAGAAACUGCUGGCCAGCGAGACGGGCUUGACGUACACGCAAAUAUGCAACUGGUUUGCAAACUGGCGACGAAAGCUCAAGAACUCUGGCAACGAUCCGAUCCGCAAGACGUGGGGUAAUCUGAUCAAGAACUACAACACCAACGCCCGUGGAAAUGUGGAGCAGUUUAGCAUCUGCUCGAACGAUAGCAUUUGGGGUGAGAACGGGGAAGAAUCCCAAGGUUCCCGUACGUCUUCUUCGGGCGAGCCGUCUUACCACCGCCAUCAUCAACCUCAUCAUCUACAUCAUCGCCAAAAUCAUCGCCAUUACAGGUACAACCAGCAACAUGCUCAAAACGGUACGGCCAUUGGUGUGAAGUAUGGUCAGAGGAAUGCCGGAAAACCUUACCAGGCGUACAGAGCUAUGGAUGGUAGAAGGAGCGAUAACAACAAUAGUGAAUUGUGCCGUAAUAACAACGUACACUGCAAAACGUACUUCGAUGAUGCGAGAUUGUCUGAGGAUUGUCCAAGUGGCGGUGAAGAUUUGCGGGAAAGCUAUCCACCCACAGCGUUCCGAAUCGAUCACAGCUAUACUCCACGAAACUACGAGACCGUCUUUGGAAUACCGGAAGAAACGAGAUGUUAUAAGGUCACCGAAUUUGAUGGAAGCUACGAUCCAGCGAGUGGGACGACACUAGAACCACUCAUUCUAACUGCCACUCCUGCCCACUACGGACGGUCUUUCGCAACGAAAGAUGUUUCGAAUAGUGGGACACUGUAUCUCCCACCGACAACUACCCUUACACCUGCUGCCACCUCUCCCAUCCCCAGCGGCAGAUCACGAUCGAGUAAGUACAAAAGUAGCAUCAUGGAAAAAUAUCUUCGCGAUCUUGGAGAAUUGGAACCAUCGGAUGAGGCAGCAAUGGAUGGAACUACUACCACUACCAUGAUGCCGGUCCUGAUGGCUACCAUACCCUUCCAACAGAAACACUUCAGCCAUGCGCGUAACCACGAACUACAAGCACAAUCUGCAAUAGGCUACGACACGACUGUCAUACGGGGGCCACCGUCGUUAUCGAAGUGGCUGGAAAGUGCUGCCAAGUUUACACCGUCCAAGCAUAACUACAUCGAUUGGGAAUGUUCUGGAAAACAAUCGUCUACGAAGAAGCGAUGUGAUUUGGGGAGCAAUUACUAUGCCACUGCAAAUACUGGUGACGGUAAUAGACCAUUUUACGAGCCGGUUACAGCCGUUGCUGUUGGAUCGCUCGAACAUCAGAAGGAUGAACUCGAUGCAGCCGAAGCUUUGACGAGGCUUGCCAAUAAUUUUCGAACGAAAUUUUCCACCUAGCCACGUAACACGUGAGAAUUUAUAAUUGAUGUCAGCGCAUUCCUUAACUUAAUGCACCAGCUGUAGUAAAUGAAACGUGGUACAUGUU